GGCCCGCCGCACCACUGGCCUCGCGGGCCCGCGCCGCGGCCGGGGGCGCGUCCAUGAAGAUGGAGCCGGGCCGGCCCGCCUCCCCCGCGGGCGGUCCGGGCCCUGACCCGGAGCCUGGCGGGCCUGACGGGCCAGGGGCCGCUCCUACGCCUGCCGACCCCGCCCCGCGCCCGGGGCUCUGUCCGCAGGACGCUGCGGCCGGCCUGAGCGCCUGGGGGGCUCCGGGAGCCUCUUGCCUGCUGCCGGACCAGAGCGCCUACCCGGACUCCGAACCUGACCCCGACCCUGACCGGCAGCUGCCAGAACUCGGCCCGCUUUUCCCCUGGACUGAAGAGGCGGAGGACUAUGGCUCCCCAAGUUGCCCGGAGAGCCCGUCUCUCCACGCGCAGGAUUUCAGCCAUAGCCUCCACAGGAGGAGCGAGGUCGAUUUCUUCCCUUCCUUCCCUUCACCCACUGUGGGCGAGUUGACGCUGGAGGUGGGUCCCGGGGAUGCGGACCGGCCCUCGGACUUAAGCCAGAACUGUCCCUUCACGAGCGAACCCGCGGGGUGUCCGGAGGACGGCCCCCGCCUCCGAGCCGUGUUCGAUGCCCUGGACGGGGACGGGGACGGCUUCGUCCGCAUCGAGGACUUCGUCCAGUUCGCUACGGUCUACGGGGCAGAACAGGUGAAGGACUUAACGAAAUACUUGGAUCCCAGUGGGCUCGGCGUGAUCAGUUUUGAAGACUUCUACCGAGGGAUCGAGGCGAUCAGAAAUGGAGACUCCAGUGGCCAGCUGUGUGACGUUGUGCCUGCCCAGGACGAGGAGCCGCAGGCCUGCCCCGAUGAGUUCGAGGACUUCGUUACUUUUGAGGCCAACGAGGUGACAGACAGUGCGUACAUGGGCUCCGAGAGCACCUACAGUGAAUGUGAGACCUUCACCGAUGAGGACACCAGCACCCUGGUGCACCCUGAGCUGCAGCCCGAAGGGGAUGCGGACAGUGCGGGUGGCUCAGCUGUGCCCUCUGAGUGCCUGGAUGCCAUGGAGGAGCCCGGCCAUGGCGCUUUGCUGCUACUCCCAGGCAGCAGAUCCCACCUGCACAACCAGUCUGUCGUCACGGUGAUAGGUGGCGAGGAGCAUUUUGAGGACUACGGUGAGGGCAGCGAGGCAGAAUUGUCCCCGGAGACCCUCUGCAAUGGGGAGCAUGGCUGCAGUGACCCCGCGUUUCUCACCCCCAGCGCCGACCCGCUUGCCGCAAAGCUGCACAGCAUCCUCACUGAUGAGGCUUUUGAGUUUUACUGUAGCCAGUGCCACAAACAAAUCAACCGCCUCGAGGAUCUUUCUGCUCGCCUGAAUGAUCUUGAAAAGAAUAGUCCAACGAGGCGGCUCUCCAGCAAGAAGGCGGCAAGGCACCUGCACCAGUCCGGGGCCCUGACCAUGGAGGCCCUGCAGGACCCUCCGUCGGACCCCAUGGAGGGCAUGGAAGAGGACAUUGCGGACAAGGUUGUCUUCCUAGAGAAGCGGGUGUCGGAGUUGGAGAAGGACACGGCCGCCAACGGGGAGCAGCAUAGCCGGCUGAGGCAGGAGAACCUCCAGCUGGUGCACAGAGCCAAUGCCCUCGAGGAGCAGCUGAAGGAGCAGGAGCUGCGAGCCUGCGAGAUGGUCCUGGAAGAGACGCGGAGGCAGAAGGAACUCCUGUGCAAGAUGGAGAGAGAGAAGAGCAUCGAGAUCGAGAACCUACAGGCCAGGCUACAGCAGCUGGAUGAGGAGAACGGUGAGCUGAGGUCCUGCAUGCCCUGUCUGAAGGCCAACAUCGAACGCCUGGAGGAGGAGAAGCAGAAGCUGCUGGAUGAGAUUGAAGAGCUGUCGCUGCGGCUCAGCGACGAGCAGGAAAACAGGAGGAAGCUGGGGGACAGACUGAGUCAUGAGAGGCACCAGUUCCAGAGGGACAAGGAGGCGACCCAGGAGCUCAUCGAGGACCUGCGCAAGCAGCUGGAGCACCUGCAGCUCUUCAAGCUGGAGGCCGAGCAGAGGCGGGGCCGCAGCAGCAGCGUGGGUCUGCAGGAGUAUCACAGCCGCACCCGGGAGAGUGAGCUGGAGCAGGAGGUCCGCAGGCUGAAACAGGAUAACCGUAACCUGAAGGAGCAGAACGACGAGCUCAACGGCCAGAUCAUAAACCUGAGCAUCCAGGGCGCCAAGAACCUCUUCUCCACAUCCUUUUCCGAGUCCCUGGCUGCAGAGAUCAGCUCCGUCUCGCGUGAUGAGCUCAUGGAAGCCAUCCAGAAGCAGGAAGAGAUCAACUUGCGUCUGCAGGACUACAUUGACAGGAUCGUUGUGGCCAUCAUGGAGACCAACCCGUCCAUCCUGGAGGUCAAGUAGAGGCAGGAAGGCCCAGCCCAGGCUGAUGCCGGACCCCACCAACGCCCGGAGAGGCACACACAGGCCGAGACCAGCAGGUCCUGUGCCCAGAGCCUGGAGCACACGGCUGGGCUGGGCUGGGCUGGGGCUCCUACAAGUGGGGCCGUGGAGGAGGAGAAGGAAAGGGGAGCCCCAGGACUGGGGCCUCCAGCAGGGGCUGAGCCUGCUUGCAGCUCUGGCCUUCCCCUGGUCCCCUCCUCUCUGCAGAGAUGUGGGGACAGUGUCUCAGGCUGGGGUGAGCCCCUCCAUGAGCUCCCUUCCGAGUGCAGACCACCUGCUGUCCUACCUUAUCAGGGAAGAAAGGAAACGGGUCCCUGCCCGGGGUGCUGCCACCCAUGCCUGCACAGGCACCAACCUGGUACCACCCAAGUUUCAGCCACUCCUGGACAGCGAAAAGGCCCCAGGACCCCCAUGUGGUGUGGGAAAGACAGGCGGUGUAGCUGGUGUGUGUCAGGUCUGACCAGGAGCUGUAGGGCCUCCGUGCAAUUUCCUGGGGCCGUCUCCCAGCCAGAAGGGGCGUUUCCAUCCAACUUCAGGCCCAGGGGCCCCUGGCCAUGCAGCUGUUCCCACAGUUGGACCCUCGCUGCAGUAACCCUUGAGGGCUCUGACCCUCCCAUGGGGGCUUGGGGCAGGAGCCUGUGCUCUGAAGUCAGGACAUGAGAGUAACUGUGUGGAACGUUCUGUCUGGACAGGCUGGACAUUGCCAGCCCCUUCUGACUGCAGGGGUGCAGGCAGGGCGUGGCGAGGUGCUGCUGCCCCGUGGGUGUGGCAUUCCUGGCCUACAGGAGUCCCCCCCUCCUGUGUGGAUCUUGGUUGCCCCAGUGAAGUCCCCGUUUCCCAGGUCAGAGUCCGAAUGUGUCCUCUGGGAGUCCAAAGUCAUUAAAAGUUGUCAUUCUUCCCCAGGUGCAGUCUGCAGGAGGCAGGGCAGGGCAGGCUCCAAGGACGCAGGUCAGGAGCAGAGAACAGGCCUUCCCAGCGGCUUGGGAGUUCUUUGAAGGAGGCCCUUGCCCGGCUUUGCACUGCAGCUCCCCGGUGCCUGUGCUGGCAGGAACAGCAGUGUCACCCCCACGGGGAUGCUGGGCCUGCCCCCUACCCCCC